CGACUGCCAUUCAACCAUCAACGCCGACAGUUGGGCACCAAGGAACUGUUCUUGUGUGAAAAACACUCACACAUUUGUUUUAUUUCGCUAGGACUCGAACGAUUACUUCACAAAUCGCAAAAUGCCAUCGAAAAAGAAAAAAUACAACGCACGCUUUCCGGCGGGCCGCAUCAAGAAGAUAAUGCAGAGCGACGAGGAGAUCGGAAAGGUGGCUCAGGCGGUGCCCGUUAUCAUCUCGCGCACUCUGGAGCUCUUCGUGGAGUCGCUGCUGACCAAGACCCUGCGCAUCACCAAUGCGCGCAACGCCAAGACGCUAUCGCCCUCGCACAUGAGGCAGUGCAUAGUGUCGGAGAAACGGUUCGACUUCCUCAAGGAGCUGGUGCGCAACAUACCGGACAUCAGCGUCGCCGAGGAGGCCGCCUACAACGAGGACGAUGUCCUGCGCAGCUCGCCGGAGGAUCAGUACCCGGACUCGGACACGCCAUACGAUCUUAGCCUGCCAUCGACGUCCAUGCGCUCGCAGGCGAACGGAACCGCCGCCUACAUGCGCUCCAUGAGUCUGAAUAAUGGAGCAGGAGCCGGCGGUGCCACCAAGCGGCAGCUCCAGCCACAGCACAGCUCUACCUAUCCAAAUCCCACCACCAUCCUGCCCGCCAAGUUGGCCCGCUCCGAGUCCACGCCGGCCUACACGCCCCGCGGCAGGCCACCCAAUCACCUCAAGAAACAGUUGGUGCAGCUCGACACUGCCAUACCUGCCCCGAUCUGCAACUACGAACUCAACAAGCCCAUCGUCAAGAUCGACUACAGCCACGUCCAGAUGCCCACGGGGAACCUGUGUACCCCGGAUGCCUCCGAUUCCGGCUCAGGAUCGGGUGCCGGUUCAGGGGCUUUCAACUUCGAUAUCGCUGAUCCGGUGAUCAACAUCGAUCUGACAAAUAUCGUGGCCGCCGGAGCGGCGGGCAGCAGAAUGCCCACCUCGAUUGGAUUCGCACCGGCCACGCCGGCGGAUAACAACAACGUUAACCAAAUGGCUGGAAAGAGCAGCGCUCCCAUCAUUCCAAAGGCCACCGCGGCAUCAGCGACCCCCACUGAAACCGUUUUCGAGUUAGACGAAGACUAUGACAAUAUUUGAAUAGGAUCUAUGUAAAUGCGCUUUUAAAUUAUUGAUACAUUAAUAUGUACUCUAGGCCUAAGUAAUCACAAUAACAUUUUUUGCAAAAUAAAGACCAUGCUGGAUUUUAAGCUGA